AUGUUACUUUAUGCACCAUUCCUGCGCGGUAAUCCAUUCGAAACAAGAAGCCGAGGAGCUCGAUCACUUCGUUUUCGAGAGGGACAAAAAUUGAUGAUUAUGUGGACAACAUUUUUCAAGCAACAUCCACGAAAUCGUAUGCAUUUGCUGGAUGAAUGCCCAGAUUUGAUCGACAAAUGUUACUUAACGGACGAUCGACAACUUGCUGAUAGUGCUGAUGCAAUUGUUUUUCACUAUAUGGAUCAUGAUUUCCUGUUGGACGAUCUCCCGAAAGUGCGUCAUCCAUCACAGCGAUAUGUGUUCCUGACAGUGGAAGCACCACCAAGUUAUCGCAUUCUUCAGAGCAGACGCAAUCUUCGUACACCUGCCAACUUUUUCAACUGGACGAUGACUUAUCGUUAUGAUUCGGAUGUCCCAUGGAUUUACGGUGGUUAUUGGGUCAGUCCAGAACGGAGUAAGGAACUUGGUUUUACACCGGAAAAUUUGCCGUUUGAUGAACAAACAAUUUUGGAGAAUAAGACGGGCGCAAUAUUUUGGCUGGUGUACAUAAUGAUUGAUAAAUACGGAGCAUGCGCCGAAAACCCGUAUAAACGUGAUGCAUGCGCUCGGUCAGCUGAAUGCGAAAAGGAUUUGGGAUCGAUGAAUUUCUUCUACAUUGCUAUUGAGAACACUGUUUGCAAGAAUUACAUAACGGAGAAAUAUUUCGAGCGCUAUCAUCUGCCAAGCGUGCCAAUCGUCAUGAGACGUAAAACCUAUGAAAAGUUCGUUACCAAUCUUCCGUCUUUGUUCUGGAUCCUCCCAAACUAA